UUACAGCUAAGAUAAUGCUUAAGCCAACUAUUAUCUUUUAAACCUUGCGGCUUUUACAUUGAAUGUUUAUAGAUUUAUUGCUUUGGAGUAUUUCAUGAAUAGGAGAAGCCCACCUGGGAUAUUUAUGUUAAUGACAACCCAAGAUUUAAAGUUUGAAGAAUACUCCAUAUUCAGUAGGGAAGGAUAGAUGCUAGUAUAUUAUUAAAUGAUAUGUGAAUUACAUUUUUAUGAUUCAAGCUUAUUCGUGUGAUGUUUCACUGACAACGGAACGGACCACUGUUGAAUUGGGAUCAAGGGUUGCUAUGACAUGCAAGGUCUGCCCUGGGAAUUCUAUAGUGAAGAUCAAUCUGACUGGCAUGCAGAUCGCUGAUUACUGGAAACCUCUCAAUUUCUACUCAGUAACGAAUACAUCUGCCUAUUCGAUAUCUACGGAUAUCCUAAACAAUAUAUCGCAUAUAUAUCUCACGGUCUUGAGCUUAACGAAAGAUCAGGCUGGAACAUAUACCUGUCAGAUAGUAGGCACACAAAACCAGUCUUCCGUUACGUUAUUGUACGCAGUUCCAGUAAAUUACGUGGAAAUGAUACCCAGAGAUAAGGUGUCCUUACUGAACAAUGUUACAACGAACAUGUUCUCCUGCACCUCAUCAACUGGGAGACCGACGCCCGUCAUACGCUGGUACACGGACAAUAAAACACCUGGUUACUAUGCUGAUGACUCGGAUAUAACAACAUUAGCAUCGAGCAUCACCAACAGUAGUGCAUCUGGAGAUACGACCACCAGUCAUUUAACGUUCACUCCAUCAACAGACGAUCAUGGGCAAAUGCUUUAUUGUAAUGUAUCCAACGGAUACGGACAAAUCAUGUCUAAUACUACACCGCUGAUAGAAAUAUUACGUUUACCAAGUAAGCCGGUUAUUUUCCACAAUGCCAAUUUAGUCAAUGGAAGCAUAACAGUUAUGGAAAAUAAGACAUUAAGUCUGAACUGUGUCAGUGAAGGAAAUCCUAACCCAACGAUUACAUGGAUAACUCCGUCUUUCUCGCGGAGCACCCCUGUAUUGACGAUAACGAACAUCCAAACUAACGAUACCGGCAUGUACACAUGUAGGGCUAACAGUACGCUGUCACCAACAAACAGUAUACCAUUUGAGAAUAAUAUCACAACCUUGUUAUCUACGGAAGUGAUAUGUACGUAUGAGUACGUCAAACAAAUAGCAAUUACACACAACAGCAAUAACACUUAA